CCUUUAUGUGUUUCGCCACCUGCUGGCUGCCGGAAAAUAGACAGCAUGUAAUUGCAACGUAACAAUGGCUAUUAGCCUUGUGCAUGAAUGAAAGGUUAAACUACAGCACUAGUGAUGUAUUUAGAUUGUAUAGCACUGUUUACUUAAUUGAGAUCCGGAAAAAGCCUACGUGCAUAGGCCACAGGGUCAUCGAGACGAGGACAUUUUCCAGUUUCAACAUUCCGUCUCUGUAUCAGCCCCCGUGUGUUGUCGUGCACGCGGUAAUCUACAGUAUCAGAUGUUAUAAGAGGUCGGGCUACGUCAUCAAGCUGCCUCCGCGUACCACAGUAGCGGAAAAAACGGCCAGCUAUUCACGCGCGCGCGCGAGAGCCUCUCCGUCAGGUUACUAUGCUACCGUCCCGCAGUGUCUCGCGGCAAUGCUACCUGAGGGCGUCCUUUCUUUCUGGAAAGCAACCUUUCGAGGCUGUGAACAAGUUGAAGCGGAUUAUGCUGAAGUUUAAAAGUAAUGCCCGAGGAUGCUAAGUCGGCUGGCAAGCCCCCGUACUGUGAAGGAGUCCGGGUCCUGUGCGCGUUCAUUCAUCAGCUGCUUUCCUGCUGCUUUGUCUUAAAGACAGGCGGCGCUCAGCCGCGUGGAGCUCAGCUGGAGGCCGACCUCGUGAAAAUGAGCCUCCAUGGAGCGAGCGGGGGAGGACCCCCGGACCACCCGAGGGAGAGACGGCGGUCUGGAGAUCGAUCCAGGGACUCAUCACACGAGAGGAGUGAAGGACAGUUGACCCCCUGCAUCAGAAACGUCACCUCACCUAUACGCCAGCAUCUCAGCGAACGGGAGUUAAGCUGUUCAUCGCGCUCCACGAGUCCCAGACCUCACAAAGUGUGCACCUCCAGUAUGUUAUACAGUGACUCCCACAUUAAAACCCACAUCUCGUCCGAUAUGAUCUACGUGUACGAAAACGCCAAGGAAGGCACUCGCAGUUUAAGGAGCACAGAGAGAGUGACUCUUAUCGUGGAUAACACGCGCUUUGUUGUCGACCCAUCAUUUUUCACCGCCCAACCCAACACCAUGCUCGGCAGGAUGUUUGGCUCCGGAAGGGAACACAACUUCACGCGCCCUAAUGAAAAGGGCGAGUAUGAGGUUGCCGAUGGAAUCAGCUCCACUGUAUUCAGAGCCAUUUUGGAUUACUACAAAUCUGGGAUAAUCCGCUGCCCCGAUGGGAUAUCCAUUCCGGAGCUGAGAGAAGCUUGUGACUACCUUUGCAUCGCUUUCGACUAUAGCACCAUCAAAUGCAGAGACCUCAGUGCACUCAUGCACGAGCUGUCCAAUGAUGGGGCCCGGCAGCAAUUCGAGUUUUAUCUGGAGGAGAUGGUCUUGCCUUUGAUGGUGGCCAGCGCUCAGAGCGGAGAGAGGGAGUGCCACGUGGUGGUGCUGACUGAUGAAGACGUGGUCGACUGGGAUGAAGAGUAUCCACCGCAGAUGGGAGAGGAAUAUUCACAAAUUAUAUACAGCACAAAACUAUACCGGUUCUUCAAAUACAUCGAAAACCGAGACGUUGCCAAGUCGGUUCUAAAGGAGAGAGGACUGAAGAAAAUCAGAUUAGGCAUUGAAGGAUAUCCAACCUAUAAAGAAAAAAUAAAGAAGCGACCCGGCGGGCGACCCGAGGUCAUCUACAACUACGUCCAGAGGCCCUUCAUCCGCAUGUCCUGGGAGAAAGAGGAAGGCAAAAGCCGGCACGUGGACUUCCAGUGCGUUAAAAGCAAGUCGAUCACCAACCUCGCUGCAGCCGCUGCAGACAUUCCCCAAGACCAGCUGGUGGUCAUGCACCCCGGUCCUCAGGUGGAUGAACUAGACAUCCUGCCCAACCACCAUCCCCAACCCAGCCACCACUAUGAACCAGAUCCAGAUGCCUCUUCACCGGCCAUGUGACCCCACCCUUUCCUCACCACUUCAGUACACCUCUAGCCACUCCAGCACUGCAGAUGCAGGUCAGCCAAGUCUUGCUGCCAAGACCGCAUUGCCUUUCUUUAAGUCCUCUCCCGCCUUAUGACUCUCAAAGACUGAAGGCUACGUCAGCACAAAUGUGAAACGUCCUUUGUACACUAUGCUUUUCUUUCCCCUUGUAGAUUACACCAAAGGAGUUUUUUUUUUUUUAUUGAAUUUUACACCUGAAACGUAUGAAGGAAAUUCAGUCACUCCUUUGAAUAGUGUUUAAAGAGACUGUCUGUGUGGUGCUGUACGGCUAAACUUGGCAAUAAAAAGAAGCACAACCCACUCGCCGUGUCUGCACUGCAAGGACAGAUGGUGACGCCUAGAACAGGAGGAGUGUUAUAAUUAACAAAGCUGUCUACUUUGAAAAUGCACAAAGUGGUUGAUUAUAACCGGAGCCUUCUAGUGAAUUGGCGUAAUGGAGCACCUGAGUAGCACCACUGUGAUGCAUGGAGUCUGAAUGAUUUUGAACUAUUUAAGUGAUGUCACUUUUGUCAGUGAUGUUUUUAUUGUACUUUUCAUUUUAAUGUUACUUGUAGCUACAAUCAGGUGCUGCAACAAAUGCUGAAACGUUCCUCUUGUGUAGCACAUUUUAAUAAACA